GCCCACUAUGGGCCGGUUCGGACCGGGUUAAGCACCCGGCCCAUUUCGACAAAUCUUCCAAAAUCACUCAUAUUCCGUUCCUCAGUCUCUUUAUUUCAGUUUCUCUUUUCUCUUCUUCCAUUUCUUUCACCAAUACAAGUUCGAUUCCCCUUCAUCUUCACACCUCAACAAACUUCAUCUCUCAGGAAACUGUUCCAUUCUAGAUUUGGAUCAGUAACAUGGCUGGGAAGGUGGCAAAGGCAGCUUACGACGCGAAGAUGGGGAAGCUUCUUCGAGAGUACACACAAGUUUUGGUGGUUUCAUCAGACAAUGUUGGAUCGAACCAGCUUCAGGGUAUAAGGAGAGCACUGCACGAAGAUUCAGUAGUUGUGAUGGGGAAGAACUCAUUGAUGAAACGCUCUAUUAUCCAAGCAGCGGAGAAAACUGGAAACAGUCAUGCUUUCCUUAAUCUCGUUCCACUCCUUGUUGGGAACGUUGCUUUGAUUUUUACCAAAGGUGACUUGAGGGAUGUCAGUGAACGGAUUGCUAAGCUCAAGGUUGUUAAUCCUAUUCUCAUGUGCCCCAAGUACAUGUCAUAUGACUCGUACAAAACUUGUUCCUACAUGCAAUCCGGACAGUUGCCAUUGGGCCUUACAUGUUGUAACCAACAAUCUUCACAAGCUUCCGAGCCUUUUCUUGUAAGCUCAAAAUUCUCGCCGCCCCAGCACUGUUACAUGAUGAGAUCGAGACAGUUCUUGUUGACAAGCAUAUGGUCUCCUUUUCUCCUUUUGGCUGGUAAUUUGUGAUGCAGACGGAAGAUUUUGAUUCUGUGAUUUAUAAUUUCAUGAGGGAUGCCUAUCGUGAGAUUGAUCUUUUCCCCUGGCCCUCUUUCCUUUCAAACUUUUUUUAUAGUUAAAUUCUUCUUUUGUAGGAAAUGAUGGAGAAUGGAAAUGAUGUUGUUUAGGAAUUCUAUUUUGGAAUUCUAUUAUAAGGACUUCUAAUUCGCAGAAUUUUUAUCCUAUGUUUAAAUAAUGUGAUGGAUUUGUAUGUCAGUGGAAAUAGAUCCCCUCAUGUUUAUUUUUUUCUCAAAAAUAUGUUGUUUUGAUAUA